AAAGGUUAAAGCAGUGAAAUGUGUCCAUCUGACACAGGCCUUUCUAGUGGUGUAGAAGAAGCAGAGGAAACUUCUCACACACACCAGUCUCAGAUACAAAAAGGACAAAGUAAAGGCCGUCGAUAUGAAAGUCACAGGCUUCAUGCUUUGGCUCUUCUCCAUGCUACUAUCUGUCAAAAGCCAGGCUUCUGAAACAGAAGUCAAAUAUAAUUUCACCAGAAGGAAUUAUGCUUUGAUCCCAGAGGGUAUCAGUAACAAUGUUACCAUUCUCGAUCUCAGUUAUAACCAAAUUACUCUGGAUGCUUCAGAUACCAGGGUGCUACAGAUGUAUUCUUUCCUCACUGAGCUCUACUUGAUGGAGAAUUACAUCACUGCCUUAUACAACAGUAGUUUCAGUAAUCUCUUCAACCUAGAAAUUUUAAAUAUAUGUGGAAAUUCAAUCAGUGUAAUUCAACAGGGUGCAUUUGUUGGCUUAAAUGAACUAAAACAAUUAUUCCUUUGCCAAAACAAAAUAUUACAACUGAAUCCCAAUACAUUUGUACCUCUAAAUAACCUGAAAGUUCUGAAUCUGCAAGGCAAUUUGAUAAGCCUGUUUAAUGCACCACAAUUAUUUCAUCUGGAGUUAUUAACUCUGGAGGGAAAUCCAUGGAACUGUACCUGUGGUCUACUUGAGUUGCAGAACUGGCUGAACACAUCUAAUGUGACAUUAGAAAAUGAGAACAUCACCACAUGUAGCUACCCAGAUGACCUAAAGCACUACAGCAUCAAGUCAGCACCCUUCGCAAGUGAAUGCCACUCUAAGAUUAUUUACACUCUAAGUGAAGAGUUUCAGUCCAUUAGGAAUUCAUCUGUUAAUAGCUCUUCAUACAACAUAACAUGGAACUCAGAGCAUGAGCCUCUUGGGAAAAGCUGGGCUUUCCUGGUUGGUGUUGUUGCCACUGUAUUGCUAACUUCACUGCUCAUCUUCAUUGCUAUCAAGUGCCCAAUAUGGUACAAUAUUCUGCUUAGUUACAAUCACCACCGCCUGGAAGAACAUGAGGCAGAAACCUAUGAAAAUGGUCUUACAAGAAACCCAAGUUCUCUUUCGCAAAUAACAGAUACAAACUCUGAAGACACCACAAUAAUAUUUGAACAGUUACAUUCAUUUAUGGUAGAUGAUGAUGGGUUUAUUGAAGACAGAUACAUAGAUGUUAAUGAGGUACAUGAAGAAAAGUAAUUUUAUCAUGUUGAAAUUUUGAUAAACACUUUCAGUCUAUUUAUAACUUAGACAAAGAGAUUUUUAUUUGGCAAACAAAACUAUAACCAGCAGACAGACCUUCAUAUUACUUAGUACCUUAUGUUAAUAUCACAGCUAUUAUUUUUUACUGUAUUGCACACAAAAAUCCAAACGCAGUAACUCAUACAUUAGUUAGCUAAAAAUUUAAUAAUUUAUCUAUACUACCAGCAUUUACUAGUGUCAGCAGUAUUUAGGAAACUACAGGCCGCUAAAAACAAAGCCUAAGACAAUUAUUUAUCAACUAAAAUGAACAAAUUCUGAUAUUAACAAACACACAUUAUGCAAUGCCUUAAAUUACACUAAAAUUGUAAUCAAUAAAGAAAUACAAAUUUUAGACUUAUAUCAUCAAACUGAGGAACAGGAAGCUUUAACGAUAUAAAGGACACUGUCAAUAGGACAAAAUAGCAACCAACAGAUUGGGAGAAGAUCUUUACCAACCCUACAUCUGACAGAGGGCUAAUAUCCAAUAUAUACAAAGAACUCAAGAAGUUAGACUCCAGAGAAUUAAAUAAACCUAUUACAAAAUGAGGUACAGACCUAAACAAAGAAUUCUCAACUGAGGAAUACCGAAUGGCUGAGAAGCACCUAAAGAAAUGUUCAACAUCCUUAGUCAUCAGGGAAAUACAAAUCAAAACAACUCAGAUUCCACCUCAUGCCAGUCAGAAUGGCCAAGAUCAAAAACUCAGGGGACAGCAGAUGCUGGCGAGGAUGUAGAAAAAGAGGAACACUCCUCUAUUGCUGGUGGGAUUGCAAGCUGGUAAAAGCACUCUGGAAAUCAGUUUGGUAGUUCCUCAGAAAAUUGGACAUAGUUACUAUCUGAGGACCCAGCUAUACCACUCCUGGGCAUAUACCCAGAAGAUGCUACAACAUGUAAUAAGGACACAUGCUCCACAAUGUUCAGAGCAGCCUUAUUUAUAAUAGCCAAAAGAUGGAAAGAACCUAGAUGUCCCUCAACAAAGGAAUGGAUACAGAAAAUGUGGUACAUUUAUACAAUAGAGUACUACUCAGCUAUUAAAAACAAUGAAUUCAUGAAAUUCUUUGGCAAAUGGAUGGAACUAGAAAAUAUCAUCCUGAGUGAGGUAAUCCAACCACAAAAUAACACACAUGGUAUGCACUCAUUGAUAAGUGGGUAUUAGCCCAGAAGCUUGAAAUACCCAAGAUACAAUAAUUCACAGACCACAUGAAGCUCAAGAAAAAGGAAGACCAGUGUGGUACUUCGGUCCUUCUUAGAAAGAGGAUGAAAAUACCCAUGGGAAGAGAUACAGAGACAAAAGUGUAGAGCAGAGACUGAAGGAAAGGUCAUCCAGAGACUGCCCCACCUGGGGAUCCAUCCCAUAUAUAGUUAUCAAACCAAGACACUAUUGUGGAUGCCAACAAAUGCUUGCUGACAGAAGCCGGAUAUAGCUGUCACCUGGGAGGCUCUGCCAGUGCAUGACAAAUAUAGAAGUGGAUGCUCACAGCCAACCAAUGAACUGAGCAGAGGGUCCCCAGUGGAGGACACAGGAAAAGGACCUAAGGAGCUGAAGGGGUUUGCAGCCCCAUAAGAGGAACAACAAUAUGAACCAACCAGUACCCCCAGAGCUUCCAGGCACUAAGCCAGAAACCAAAGAGUACUCAUGGAGGGACCCAUGGCUCCAGCUGCAUUAUGUAGCAGAGGAUGGCCUCCUCAGACAUCAAUAAGAGAAGAGGACCUUGGUCCUGUGAAGGCUCGAUGCCCCAGUGUGGAGGAAUGCCAGGACAGGGAAGCAGGAGUGGUGGGUUGGUGAGCAGGGGAAGGGAGAAUGGGAUAGGGGUUUUCGGAAGAUAAACUAGGAAAGAGGAAACAUAAAUAAAGAAAAUAUCUAAUAAAAAACUAUAUAAAUUGAUCUUAUGUUCACAAAUGAAUUCACAGAAUUAGAGAUUAUUUUCUAAUGCUGCCUGAACUUAAAAAACAAAAUUUCCUCAAAAAUUUAUAGCAAUAUAAAGCAGCAUAGGUACCAUGAUUUAGAAUAAUCCCUACUAAUCACUCCUAUAUUUGGCAGUGUUUGUUAGGAAGAGUUCCACAUACAAAUGCCAUGUUCAAUAUUACCAUGGCUCCUAAACUGGCUUCAUAACUAAUUAUAAAUUUUCUUUAAAAGAAAAAAAUAUUUCUCUAUUUCUUUUGGGAGAUUAUUUUGAAACUCAUUCUAAGCUAGAACUGAGACUAUUUAAGUAAUACACACACACACACACACACACACACAAACAUUAUAAUUUGAUAAGCAACCCCUUUCUUGGAAGAAUAGCUAAUAGCUCACAACAUAUUAAUCAAUCAAAAGAUCAAAAGACACAUUCUGGAAAAAAUAGCCCUAACAUAGGAAGGGUCUAUCUAAAGUGAAAUGUUUACCAAUUCUCUUCUAAUAGCUUAACUACAAAUAUAAUUUUAACAAUUUAAUGGUUUAAAGAGUGGAAUUAAAAUCCAGCAAAAUCUGUA